CAAACGCCAGGGCUUGUUAAGGGUGUCACAGGAGCUGAGAGGAAUGUCAUCCUUUGGGCUCUCUGAGAGCUCUCCAGUUUAAUGGCUGGCAGGUAGAGGCCAAAGAGGGACAAUCAACAUGAACUCGAUUCCGUCGAUGGACAGACACAUACAGCAGACCAAUGACCGUCUGCAGUGUAUCAAACAGCACUUACAAAAUCCAGCAAAUUUCCAAACAGCAGCGACCGAGCUGCUGGACUGGUGCGGCGACCCCCGAGCCUUCCAGCGCCCCUUCGAGCAGAGCCUGAUGGGAUGCCUAACGGUGGUCAGCCGCGUCGCAGCGCAGCAGGGCUUCGACUUGGACCUGGGCUACCGGCUCCUGGCCGUGUGCGCUGCCAACCGGGACAAGUUCACUCCAAAAUCAGCAGCCCUUCUGUCCUCGUGGUGCGAGGAGCUGGGACGCCUCCUCCUUCUCCGUCACCAGAAGAACAGGCAGAACGAGCCUCCGGGAAAAGUGCCCAUGCAGCCUCCCAUGAGUUCCAUGAAGCCCAGCCUCUCACACGGAGAUGGGUCUUUUCCCUACGACUCAGUUCCCUGGCAACAAAACACCAAUCAGCCUCCAGGUUCAGUGUCCGUGGUGACCACCGUCUGGGGCGUGACCAACACUUCACAGAGCCAGGUGUUGGGGAAUCCCAUGGCCAACAACAGCAAUCCCAUGAACCCUGGCGGUAACCCUAUGGGCUCGGGUAUGUCUGGAAGCAAUCCAGGUAUGAACUCUCCUCAGUUCCCCGGUCCACAGCAGCAGUUCCCCAACAAGGGCAACUCCAAUCAGGGAUACAUGCAGCAGGGCAUGUACGGGCGACCCAACUACCCUGGAGGAGGAGGCUUUGGUGGCAAUUACCCUGGAGGGCCGAACGCUGGACCCGGUGGAAUGGGCAUCCCUCCACACUCCCGUCCUCCCUCAGACUUCACUCAACCUGCCGCUGCCGCCGCCGCCGCUGCAGUCGCUGCUGCCGCUGCCACCGCAACUGCCACCGCCACGGCAACCGUAGCCGCCCUGCAGGAAACCCAGAACAAGGACAUGAACCAAUACGGGCCGAUGAGUUCCUCUUUCCAGAUGGGACCAAACCAGGCGUACAACAGCCAGUUCAUGAACCAGCCAGGACCCCGCGGCCCUCCAUCCCUCCCUGGAAACAUGGGCACGGGCAUGAGUGCAUCCAACAUGAGCGGACCCCCGAUGGGAAUGAACCAACCCAGGGGCCAAGGCAUGGGGCCUUUCGGGGCCCACGGCCAAAGGAUGCCCCAGCAAGGCUAUGCGGGGCCCCGGCCUCAGGGCAUGGGCAUGCAGGGCAUGAAAAGACCCUACCCAGGGGAGCCAAACUAUGGUGGGCAGCAGUAUGGACCAAACAGCCAGUUCCCGAACCAGCAGGGGCAGUACCCCACGCCCAACGCCUCCAGGCCGCUGCCAUCCCCGAACUACCCCGGCCAGAGGAUGCCAGGACAGCAGCUGCAGGGCCAGUACCCACCACCCAGCGGCGCCAUGGGCCAGUACUAUAAGCAAGAGCCACCUUUCAAUGGCCAAACAAACAACUUCUCUGGGAGUGGAUAUCAGUACAACCAGGGCAACAUGAAUGGGCCUCCCAGACCAGUGGGUAACUACCCACACUCCCCAGUGCCAGGCAACCCCACCCCUCCAAUGACCCCUGGCAGCAACAUCCCUCCAUACCUGUCGCCAAACCAGGACGUGAAGCCGCCCUUCCCUCCUGACAUCAAACCAAAUAUCACUGCUCUCCCUCCCCCUCCGGCCAACCAUAACGAGGAGCUGCGCCUGACGUUCCCAGUGCGGGACGGGGUCGUCCUGGAGCCCUUCAGGCUAGAGCACAACCUGGCUGUCAGCAACCAUGUCUUCCACUUACGGCCCUCUGUACACCAGACACUCAUGUGGAGGUCGGACCUGGAGCUGCAGUUUAAGUGCUACCACCACGAAGACCGUCAGAUGAACACCAACUGGCCGGCGUCGGUCCAAGUCAGCGUCAACGCCACGCCGCUCACCAUCGAGCGGGGCGACAACAAGACCUCCCACAAACCCCUGCACUUGAAACACGUAUGCCAGCCAGGAAGGAACACGAUCCAGAUCACAGUCACUGCCUGCUGCUGUUCGCACUUGUUCGUGCUGCAGCUGGUCCACAGGCCGUCGGUGCGUUCUGUCCUCCAGGGUUUGCUAAAGAAGAGGCUUCUGCCUGCAGAGCACUGCAUUACCAAAGUUAAGAGGAACUUCAGCAGCGUAGCAGCGUCAUCGGGCAACGCCACGCUGAACGGAGAGGACGGCGUGGAGCAGACGGCGAUCAAGGUUUCUCUCAAAUGUCCGAUCACCUUCCGGCGAAUACAGCUUCCAGCGAGAGGACACGACUGCAAACACGUUCAGUGUUUUGAUUUGGAGUCCUAUUUACAACUGAACUGUGAGCGGGGCACAUGGCGAUGUCCUGUAUGCAAUAAAACAGCGUUGUUAGAAGGCCUCGAGGUGGACCAGUACAUGUGGGGUAUACUGAACGCCAUUCAAAACUCGGAGUUUGAGGAGGUGACGAUCGACCCGACGUGUAGUUGGCGGCCGGUGGCGAUCAAAUCUGACAUCCACAUCAAGGAGGAUCCAGAUGGACCGCUGGCCAAGAGGUUUAAGACGAUGAGUCCCAGUCAGAUGAUUAUGCCCAACGUGAUGGAGAUGAUCGCUCAGCUCGGCCCUGGACCGUCACCGUACCCGUCGUUACCAUCUGGGCAAGGAGGCAACAACAGCGAAUACGGCAGCCAAGGCAACAGCUACCAAGGUCACGGGAACUUUGAUUUCCCUCACGGCACCCCCGGUGGUACGUCGAUGAACGACUUCAUGCACGGUCCGACGCUGUCGCACCCACCCGACAUGCCCAACAGCCUGAUGGCACAAGACAAGCCACUGUCCCACAACAUGCCUGACUCAAUACCUCAUUCUGCCGGCAACGACCAGUCACACGGUCCAUUGCAGCAGAGUUUACAUGCGUCUCCACACCCUGGGAGCCAAUCAGGGCAGCAGCUACACCACAGCGGGCCUCCUCAGCCCUCACGACAAGCUCCACCUCCUCAGCAACAGCAGCAGCAGCAACAGCAGCAGCAGCAGCAACAGCAGCAGCAGCAGCCCGGCCCCAACAACCAUCCCCACAGCGACCUGACCUUCAACCCCUCCAGCAGUUUGGACAGCCAAGCAGGGUCGGACAUGCCUGAGCCAUCUUUAGACCUUCUUCCAGAGCUGGCUAACCCAGAUGAACUGUUGUCGUACCUGGACCCCCCAGACCUCCCCAGCAAUAGCAACGAUGACCUUCUAUCGCUCUUCGAGAACAACUGAGGCGAUUCAGACACACAGACUUUUCUGACUGCCUGCAGUUUCCCUGAGAACCCACGGCGGUCGCUCAGUACUUGAUAAACACAAAGAUGCACUCCCUUUCUCUUCUUCCUCUUGUACAAUUUUCAUUCGCCAGCGCAGAUUGACUGAAAGAGGUUAAAACCCGAAGACACGGCGGGAUGCAGGGGGACGCCGCCGCCGCGCCCUCUCGCCCCGCGGUGACACUUUUGAACUGUGCAGCUAUACCCAGUUGAUUUUAUUUUAUUUUUUAAUGCCACACGUGUGUGUGUGUGUGCUCAUUAGGAACGUGUUGUAGCAUUUUUUAU